AUGCUGACUUUCAUCCAACAGGCCUUCCUUUCCCCUGAGUUUGAUAUUUCACCUGUGUGCUUAGGUCACAUUUCAAUGUGGAUUUAUACUACGGAUUUAUCCUACAGGGAAAACCAGGCCGCCACCCGGAUUCAGAGCUGGUUCAGAGGCUGCAAGCUGCGGGCUUACCUCAGCCAUCUGCACAAGAAGGCAAUCAUUAUACAGAAGAUAUGGCGGGGCUUCACAGCAAGGGCACGUUUCAGACAAAUGGUGAAGGCGGCAUAUUUUAUCAUGAAGAAGAAUUUCUACGAGGAGAUGGCGGUCAGGAUCCAGCAGACAUGGAGAGGAUUCUUUGUGAGAAAGUAUGUUCAUAACUUCUAUGCACGCAAGAGCUAUCUGGAGGGACUUUCCAGGAAAAAUGAACUUGUCAGGAGGGAGCUGCAUGAACUUGAGGAGCUCCAGAAAAGAGAGAGAGACUGUGUGGAGAUGGUGAAAGUGCAGUCAGCCAGGGUCUUCCAAGCUCACCGGUUACAUCACCUCCUCAGUACGAAGCAGUGCCCAGGGGUCUUCAACUCUCCAUUUAGGCCAGCCCCCCAUGAGAUGGAACUACUGCUGAGGAAGGUCAAGUACCAGGCCCCCACCAAGCUGGCCCCCAGGGGCAGGGCUUGUCUCUUGGGCAUGCCUGGCACAACAGCCCCCAGUUUCCCCGGGACUCUUGGAUCCCCAUGGAUCAAAACUACUGGAACCUGCUGCUCGUCCAGGUCCAUACUGCCCCCCAUUGCCAGCAAGAAACAGCAGGGUCUGUUCAGAGAGCCUGGGGAAGUGUGGGAGCAGCGCGUGCAUUGUCCUGACCUGACGUUACGUCUGCAGACCUCUUACACACACCUGGAGGAGGCCCAGAGUCAGCUUCGCCAACACGAGUCCAUAAGGCCCCCCACUGGCACAUUAGGAAGAGGAGGUAUGCCCCACCACCUGAGCCACAGCAGCAAUUCCUUUACACAGCCAGCCUAUGCCAAUAACUUCAGAUAGUGGAUUCCACACUGACUCCCAAGUGGAGGUUUCUCUCCAUCACUCCUCCUGGUGUUGUCUCCUUCUCUCCAGCCUGUCAAGACAGUGUUCACCACCUACAACGCCUUUGACAAGUGUGUUCCUCUGUACUCAAAGGCAGGCAACACUAUGAGACAGACCCACUUUUGGCCUGAGGAAAUCAAGG